AUGUCGAAGGAGGAGUUCCCUCCUGCGCAUGCGCCCCGUCCCCGCAGCGGGCACACCGCGGCACCCCCCGGGGGUUCUGGCAAUCCCUCCGAGUUUGUGCUAGACAGUGACGGCCUCCUGUGCAGCUUCCCUGCAGCCAAGGCAGACGGCCCCGUCCUCCUCAAGCCCAGCCUUCCCGGAGGCCGCAAAGCACGGCUUAAUACCGGGACAGGAAUGAAAGCAGAGAGUGAGAUAGAAGGAUGGAGCACGGCCGCCGGGACAGACGAGCGUCUGAGCGUGAGUGUGGAGACGGGCAGCCAGGCCGAGACCCGGGAGCCGGGGUCGAGGGGCUUCUGGGGGGCUUCUGUAGGUCUGGAGGGCGAGGCAGCAGCUGGGCUGCCCAGCCCGCCGGGACCCCGGAAGUCCUCCGGACGCCGCCGCCCCCGCGCCGCGCUCGGGCUUUCCCGGGGCCGGGAGCGCGUCCCCCAGGGCCUGCGGCCCGCCAGGCUGGCGGUGAACCCCAGGACGGGCCUGGGGUCUCGGGCUCAGCCAGAGCUGGCGGACCCCGGGCUGGGCCCCCCGGCUUCUGUAGCCAUUUCCCGGCCAUCCUGCCGCUUCCCAUCAAGUGGGGUGAAGAGGGGGUUCUCUGGGGGCCUGGCUGCGGGGAUGGGCGCCUCUCUGCACGACUUAUGGGGGAUCCUGGCGGCGGUCCUGGCCGAGGUCCUGGCGGAUCGGAGCCUGGGGGCUUGCUGCAGAGAGGAGCAUCCACGCAUCCCGGGGGCGAGCCAGGACUAUAUCUGUCCAAGAUGUGAGUCCGGUUUUAUCGAGGAGCUUCCAGAAGAGACCAGGAGCGCAGAGAGCGGCUCCGCCCCCUCCACCGCCCCCACGGACCAGAGCCGGCAGCCCUUUGAGAAUGUCGACCAGCACCUGUUCACACUGCCACAGGGCUACGGGCAGUUUGCUUUCGGCAUCUUUGACGACAGCUUUGAGAUCCCCACGUUCCCCCCUGGAGCACAGGCUGAUGACGGCAGAGACCCCGAGGGCCGGCGCGAGCGAGAGCAGCAUUCCCGGCACCGUUACGGCGCCCGGCAGCCCCGUGCCCGCCUCACUGCGCGGAGGGCCACUGGCCGGCACGAAGGCGUCCCCACACUGGAAGGGAUCAUCCAGCAGCUGGUGAACGGCAUCAUCACUCCCGCCACCAUCCCCAACCUGGGCCUGGGCCCCUGGGGUGUCCUGCACUCAAACCCGAUGGACUAUGCCUGGGGCGCCAACGGCCUGGACGCCAUCAUCACGCAGCUCCUCAAUCAGUUUGAAAACACAGGCCCCCCGCCCGCAGACAAAGAGAAAAUCCAGGCCCUUCCCACCGUCCCUGUCACUGAGGAACAUGUAGGCUCCGGGCUGGAGUGCCCCGUGUGCAAGGACGACUACGGGCUGGGCGAGCGCGUGCGGCAGCUGCCCUGCAACCACCUGUUCCACGACGGCUGCAUCGUGCCCUGGCUGGAGCAGCACGACAGCUGUCCCGUCUGCCGGAAGAGCCUCACGGGACAGAACACGGCCACCAAUCCUCCUGGCCUGACCGGCAUGAGCUUCCCCUCUUCCUCCUCAUCCAGCUCAUCCAGCUCGCCCAGCAACGAGAACCCAGCCAGCAGCUCCUGAGUCCCUGAGGCCCCAGAGUGAGCCCAGCCCAGCCCGGUGCGGUCAGGGUGCCAGGGGUCGGGGCACCAGGGCCCACCCACCUGUGGCUCCCAUGCCACCGCACCAUGGACUUCGUGCCGGCCAUGCCACGGCCACAGGCAGAGGCUGGAGGACCCGCCGCCCCCAGGGUGCAGAGGGGCGCUCGGCGCUCGGCCCCCACCAGGACGUCUGCCCGGGCCAGCAUUGGCGCCGCGCCUCACCAGCUCCCGCCGUCCCAUUGUCUAACCUCUCCCUCCACGUGUUCAAUGGUGGAAAGGUUUUUAUAAUUUUAAAUUAUUACUGCUUUGGAAUAAAUGGACGUUUGGCUCACAUGCGGCCGUGCACGAUCUGUGGGUGGGUCGCUCUUCACGGUGCCCCCGACGGCCCCUGCCCCGCUUGCCCCCAGCACGGGAGGCCUGGGGCCACCAGGAUGACCAGCAAAACCAGGAACAAAACUGCUUGACAGACUUUUUUAAAGGAAAAAAUAUGUGUAUCUUGAAAGCUAUUUAAAAAUACACCUACUUAGAAAGAAGCAGGUGGUUGGCGUCUUCCUUCUGCGCCGGUGUGUCUGGGCGCACGUGGGCACCUGGCCAGCUGCCACUCUGGGGCAGUGCCAUCCCAGACUGCCCCAGCCCCGAUGUCUGCAGCCCUGGGAGCCUCGGGAGCAGCGGGCUGGACGCAGUGGCCGGUUGCCCCGGGUCCGCGGCGCGCGAGGACGCCCCUCCGGCAGCAGGGGUUUCUCAGAUCCUGAAGACCCCAGUCGGGCACCCGCCAGCGUAGAUGUGGGGAGGCACUUGCUCGCUGGCCACCCCAGGCCACUGGCGGGUUCUGACCUGGGCCAGAGCCCCCGUCCUGACAGCGCCGGCCCUGCAUGAGAGCUGAGGAGGAGGCUGCUCACAGCCGCUGCCCAGCCCUGCGGCGGCUGCGUGCUCAGCGAGGCCUGGACGCCGACACCACGUUCAUCGCCGCAGUCCCGGGCCGGGUGACAGCCGAGGACUGAAGCCCGGUGUGGGCAGGCUGGCUCCUCGGAGGCCCCGAGGGCAGCCCGUGAGAGGCGCUGCCCUUCGGGCUCGAGUCCUUCCGUGGCGGCCAGCAGCGCAGCGGGCUGUCUUGAUCUUCUGUUCCCCUUCUGUGCACCCUGCCAGGAGUCGGGGUCCUGCCCCUCCCCUCA